CUUCAGUAGCUUUCCUUUCGCAACACACACCACACCAUGCCAGUGAAGUGAGCUAUGCAAGCCGAAUUUAAAUUGUGACCAGUGAAUAUACAAAUGUCCGGAAAGUAAUUUAUCACCCCAAGCAACUCGUACUAAAACUGAAAUGGUGUUCUCUUCUCGGUCUCUCUCCUGGGUAAAAAGGAGCAUCACACCCGUUUGGGAAUCGGGGGAGCUGACAUUUUUGCCCUUACAAUAUGGAUUCCACUGUUGAUCUGGUUAAAGCAUCAGUGCCUUAUCAUGUGAGAUCAUCUUCAUCGUACUAAUUCUGACUUCCUGUGACAGAUUAAGGCACCAGAAGAAGCAGAGCAAGAAUCGUUCAGGCAUACAGAAUAAAAUGAAAACAGAACAGACUCUGAAUUUGGCGAUUUUUUUUUUCUUGUGUGAAUUAAAUCUGGUCUAUUCUGCCUUGAAUUAUUUAAGCGAAGUGGUGCAGUAAGGUAGACGGUGCUUCUCGCCUGGCUCAGUGCACUGCUCAAACUUGGUGCUGAUUUCUGCAGAGAGACCCUUCAGGAUUGCCAAGGUGCCUCCGCCCCCUACUGCCGCCCAGUCGUUAGGAGGCUGCUGCUGUGUUAGGGGUACUAGUUGAUGUGCAAGGCAAUGCUUGGAGAGAGACUUCCUCUGCGUUCUGGGGAAUUCGGGAUCGCCAACCUCUGUUAAGUAGACCACUGCUGAGACACUGGGAUUUGCCUAAACUCUUCAGGCUUGGAAACCUUCUGUUUGUGGGACCGCGCAGCCCUAAAUAUAUGAUGGAAGCGGCGCGAUAUACAAGGCACCUGUGUGCCUGUCCAGUACGCAGAUGACCAUAUCUGGAGUAAUAUUCAUCGGGGUGCAGUGGAACCUUUUGGAUUUUGUAUCUUUCCCAGCAAUGUGCUCAUAAAGUAAGCUGCAAGCGGCUGCCACUUGGACCUAACAGAACCGAUGUGUGCUGCUGCAGAAUAGUAUCAGCAACUGCUGCGGCAUACUUAAGCGGAGUUAUUUAAAGGAAACGUGUCGUGCUUCUGGAUAUAAAAUGUAGAAUGUUUCCUACAUCAAGAUUAAAAAGACAGCCACGGAUCUGGCAGAUGACUGGGGAGCCACCUCCCUGGAUUUGGAUGGUCCCAACGGCUUCAGCUUCUGGUUUGGUGCGAAUAGCUGCUGUACCCCCUCCAGUUCUGUUUGCUUCUGCUAGCCCUCCUCAUCUGUUUCAAAGUAUUUCUGGCUGGCAAGUUCCCUGUGAUCCCUUCCUGCCUGUGAUGUCAAUGCCUUCAUUGCCAGAACCCGCAAUUCACCAGCUGUCUUUGCCUAACGUUCAGUGGCUUAUCACAACUCGGCCUCCAUUUAAUGGAUAUCCACCUGCAGGCAGCAUGGAUCUUGUUCCAGUUUUACCACAUGCCCACACAUCUGGCAUUCUACCACCACAUUUUUUAAAGGGGUGGGCUGAAAAAAGACCACCAAACUAUAAGGUAUUUGUAAAUAAUAUAUUUACACUGGAUUCGUCCUGGUUACAUCCAGAGGACACCGUUUUUCACGGUCAUGAAAAACCCCUUCUCUUGACGAAUCCAGUAGCUGUGUCGGUCACUAAGCCGUCUGCUGUAUCGAGGCCUCUGCAUGCAGUUUUGUUAACACAAACACCUACUGCAGUUGGGCGCCCAAAUGGCCUGAAGCCAGUCAGCAGUUAUCAGAAACUUGCUUUAGCAGCAGCAUCUACAACUGCAGUCGCACCUUCUCUGACAGUGCCACUUGAAUCGUCUCAGGGACCAUAUGUAACCAGUCCUCACCCUUGCCACUUCUUCACAUUGUCUCCUGUUAAAAUACCUUUCCUGACGUCUCCAUUUCCAGCACAUGAAGAAUGGAUACGAAACAGGGUGGCACAGAGACGGAGGGAAAGACGGCUGGCCGGGCAGCAUGACAAAAGUAUAAAAGUGAGUGGACCAUGCACAUCAACACUGAUACUGCACACUGAGAGGGGAAAGACAACAAGCGACCACAGAGAUAAGGAUAUUAAACUGAAAAUUUCCAGCAAUGAAGAAAAAUCUAAUGAUAAUAAACCUGUUGCAUCCACUCCAGUUCCAGGCUCACCAUGGUGUGUUGUCUGGACAGGAGAUGAUAGAGUUUUCUUCUUCAAUCCAACAAUGCAGCUGUCAGUUUGGGAGAAACCAGUAGAUCUGAAAGGACGUGGGGAUAUUAAUAAAAUAAUUGAAGAUCCACCUCAUAAACGGAAAAUGGAGACAUCAUCAACAAAUAAAUCUGAUAUUUCAAGUCAAGAGGAUACAGAUGAAGAGCAGCGUGCCAAAAUAAAAAGAAAUAAAACUGAUGCCCUGGAAAAAAAUGAAGAGAAGGACACACUAGAAAAAAGUAUUAAAGAAAACCAACAGCAGACCAUGCUUCCUUUAGAAGUCCGGAUUACUCACUUCAGGGAUAUGCUGUUGGAAAGAGGAGUGUCAGCAUUUUCAACAUGGGAAAAGGAGCUGCAUAAAACAGUGUUUGACCCACGAUAUCUCCUCCUAAGUUCUGAUGAACGUAAGCAGGUAUUCGAACAGUUUGUGAAGACCAGGAUACGAGAAGAAUACAAGGAGAAAAGGAGUAAAUUACUUCAAGCUAAAGAAGAAUUCAGGAAACUCCUGGAAGAGGCAAAACUGUCCCCCAGGACAACAUUUAAAGACUUUGCUGAAAAAUAUGGUAGAGAUCAACGAUUUCGACUAGUUCAGAAGAGAAAGGACCAAGAACAUUUUUUCAAUCAGUUCAUGCAUAUCCUUAAAAAGAGAGAUAAAGAAAACAGAAUACGACUACGGAAGAUGAGGUGAAAGUGAAUCAACUCUGCAAUUAGGAACAGUGACUACUCAUAGCAGAAUUAGCAUUCAUCUGGUUUUAUAUGCUAAUAACAACAAUUAGAAAGACAGGCAUCACUGAAUAUAAUCCUUUCAUACUGAUACUAAAUUAACAUAAUUUAUGUUUUUAAGGGUUAUUCUGCAGUAAACAGUAUAGCAUAUUCAGUUCUCAGAGGAUUAAUCUGUUUCAUAUUGAAGCUCUCUUUUGUAUGACACUAAGAAAUGAAAACAUUUGUAAUUGUUCUGAAAUGUCAAUCCCUUAACUGUUUAAAUUAUGCAAAUUGCAUUGCAUUAAACAAAAUUAAAUUAUACCCAUUGUUGAGUUGUAAUUAAGAUGAUACAGAUGCAUAAACACAAUAUAGCAAUGUAUUUUAACAGCCUGACAAUUUUUCUUAUAACUAUAAGCAUUAAAGUCGAUGUCUAUCUGAAGCAACAUGUUUGCAAAUAUGGUGCAUCUGUUCUUUUUAAAUAUCCAUAAGUGUGUAUCCCUACAGCAGAAAGAUAUUAGUUCAACCUUGUUGAAGUAUUAAAAAGCAAGGAAAUAAUCUGUGCCAAGUUUUUGUGUAAUAUGUCUGUAGACAGCCAAUAUAGAACUAGCCAUUAAUAAAUUAAUAUAUUCCAUUUUUUGAAAAUCUGUUAAAUGUUUAUAAGCCGGUAGCUCCACGUAAGCAUAGUCAUAAAUGUAAUCUAUCUAUAAUCAUGUCUCAUUUUAAGGCUUCACGUGCAUACACAGUAAUAGAUUGUGAUUGUCUGAUGUAAGUGUUACACUUAGUGAAGAAUCCAAUUUCUUAAAAAUUGUGCAAUGGAAAAGUAUUGCUUGAUUGAGUAUGCAGUGAUAAAAACUUCUAGUUCUGACAAGUAUUCUUAUUUGGAUAUGCUUAUUGGAACAAAGGCUGCUAAUGACUAAUACUGGUCUACAGCUUCCAGUGGAAAACAAAGGUUUUUAAUUACACAGUGGAGAAGACUGCAUAUACAAAAGACUUUUAGGAUGGCAUUUUUUUUAUCUCCAAAAAUGACAUUCUGCAGUUUCUUCUCAAGGGAUUUGUUUUGAGUGGAUUUGAUUGUGUAUCAUAUCGGUUGAGCUGUUCGGCAGAAAUCAGCAGACUAAGGAAUGAUGAUAUCUCAGACCUUUGACUGAUUAAUCUGUGUAUAAUCAUCUCAAUGCCCAAGGCCCUUUUGAUUUUAUGUGGACAUUUAAUGUUCAGAAUGUAAAGGAAAAAGAGCAGUCAUGGAGUUGUAGUGUGUAUCAAAUUUACUCUGAAGAUGGAAUAGAGAAACAAUUUGACAGGAUAACACUUUAAAGAAAUGCUAGUAAGCAACCUAAUGUUAUUAGACUAGAUAUACUGAAAUUAUUUUUUACAGUAGUAAUUUUACCUCUGUUGUGACAAGCUUUAUUGUACUCUGUUUCUUGGACCAGGGAUGUUUGUUGCAAUACCAUUGUGAAGGAAAUUGUUUACGUUACUAUGGUUUUCAUUAAACUGAAAAUCCAAAUUUUGAA